GUUUUGAAUCACUAUAUGUUCUUGUCGUCCACAUGUGUGAACAGAGCCCACAGAUAAUGCAAAUGUGAACUUUGUCAAGUACAAGGGAGACUACUAUGUCAGCACAGAAACCAACUUUAUGAGGCGAGUGGAUCCGCAAACUUUGGAGACAAAAGAGAAGGUGGACUGGAGUCAGUACGUUGCUGUAAACUCAGCCACAGCACACCCACACUACGACCGUGAAGGAGCAACAUACAACAUGGGCAAUUCGUACGGCAGAGAUGGUUUUUUCUACACCAUCAUCCGCAUCCCUCCUGCUGAGGAAGCGGCAGCAAAGGAGGACUCGGCAGACCUCAGCGGGGCCGAGGUGAUCUGCUCCAUCCCUGCAGCUGAAUCCAGAAAACCUUCUUAUUAUCACAGCUUUGUCAUGUCUGAGAACUACAUUGUGUUUGUGGAGCAGCCGAUAAAGCUGAAUGUGCUCAAGUUCAUGCUCUACAAGAUCAUGGGAGAAAGUUUUCAAAAGAUCCUGAGCUGGGAGCCACAGUACGGCACCGUUUUCCACCUGGUCGACAGGCACACAGGCCAGGAGAGCAAAGUGAAAUACCGAACGGCACCGAUGUUCACGCUGCAUCAGAUCAACGCCUACGAGGACAAUGGCUUCCUGGUGAUGGACAUGUGCUGCGGGGAUGAUGGCGAUGUCAUUGGAGAAUUCACUCUGGAGAAUCUUCGGCGGGAAUCGGGAGACGAUUUAGACAAGUUUUACAAUUCCUUGUGCAGAAACCUCCCGAGGAGAUAUGUGCUUCCUCUGAAUGUGGACGAACAAGCUCCUCUGGACCAAAACCUUGUCAUGCUGCAAAACUGUAAAGCCACAGCAAAGAGGACAAAUUCUGGGGAGGUUUACAUGACCCACGAGGAGCUUCACAAUGAUGAGCUGCUGCAGUACGGUGGCCUGGAGUUCCCUCAGAUCAAUUACGACAAGUACAACGGCAGACCUUACCGCUACUUCUACGCAUGUGGCUUUGGGCACGUCUUUGCUGACUCGCUGCUCAAGAUGGACGUCCACACCAAGGAGCUUAAGGUGUGGCGCUAUCCGGGCUUGUUCCCGUCUGAGCCUGUCUUCGUUGCCUCGCCCGACGCUGCGGAGGAAGAUGAUGGAGUGGUCCUGUCAGUCAUUAUCACUCCUAGAAAGGAGAAGAGUACUUUCUUACUCGUUCUGGAUGCCAAGACCUUCACCGAGCUGGGGAGAGCCGAGGUCCCUGUCAGUAUCCCAUGUGGGACCCAUGGCGUGUUUAACGAGACGGGCUAGACGUGCCACUGUUUGAAGCUCUACAGCAAAACCGCUGAAAGCAAACCAGCAAGAAAUCUACUUUAUCCACAGGAUGGAAUAUUUCUCUUGAUAUCGCUGCCUAUAAACAUUCCUGUAGUGGAAAAAAAAGGAGAAGACGUAAGACCAGGGGAAAACUGCACACUCAUAGUAUUUGUUUGUUCCUCUCUGAAUGAGAUUGAUGCACUUCCUUGCUGCGUCUUGGUGUACCAGUUGGAUGGUGAUCUUUUAGAGACUUAAAGGCAUUUUUUUUUCUAAUUACUUUCUCAAAAAAUUUGUAAUGCCCCUUUCAGAAAAAGGACUGAGCACCUUGCACUUGAAAGGACUAGAAAACAAUAAAUUAAAAUCAAUAUACACUUAAAAAAAAAUCAUUUUUUUUUCUUUUA